AUGUCGAUGCCUGAAAGAUCCUCGCCGGCACCACAAACACAACCACCGUCGACGAGACCUUCCUUUCCUCCAGGCUAUAAGUAUGCACCUAACGACAAGAACCUCAUUGAAACACUACUUGGACGGGAACACUACUUUGGAGAGAACAAUAACUCAUUGCUCAAGUUUUUUAUUCAUCAAGCGAACAUCUACGAGUCUAAUCCAGAACAGCUCUCAGUGGAAUACGAGAAGGGUAAUGAUACAGAAUGGUUCUUUAUAUCGGAGAGGAACAAGAAGAAGAAAGGUAAAGGUGGAAUUAAUCAGAAACGUGGAGACAAUGGAGGAUACUGGCACGCAACAGUUGCUACCAAAGACGUUCUUGAUGGACAAGGCAACAUUAUUGGCCACGACACCGCGCUAUCGUAUUACGUGGGGAAACAACCAAAGGGUGUAAAAACUGAUUGGUUAAUGCAUGAGUAUUGGGUUGAUCGUGAUGAGUCUGAUGACGCAAAGCCGCAUCAAUGGCAAGGCCCGGUAGACUCUUCCCAACCGCAGUCUCAUGAUUUGGCGUAUCAACAUCAGCAGUUUUGGCAAGUCCCGGUAGACUCUUCUCAGCCGCAGUAUCAACAACCUCAUCAAAGGCAGCCUUAUGAAUUUACGUAUGAGCAGUAUCUCAUGAUGACAACGCCAGAGAAAGAGAAUGGUAUCGCUACUCAACAACAACAGCUGAGUCUUCCUCCUCCUCCUCAUACGCAAGAGAAUGGUGUUGCUACUCAACAUCAGCAACAACAACAGCUGAGUGUUCCUCCUCCUCGUCCUACGCAUGGUCAAGAUUCAAGAUCCCAUAUGGUGAUGACCAGCAGGAGCAACGGCUACAACAUUCAAGAAGACUUGUUUGAUAUGUCUAAGGAUGACAGGUUCUUUAACAUAGAUGAGUUAUUCAAUAAUGAGGAAGAACAUAGUGUCGCUACUCAGCAGCAGCAACAACAGCAAAUUACACCAAGUCUCACUCAUGACCAAGGUCAAGAUUCAAGAUCGGACAUAUUGAUGACGGACCAAGACUGGUCGGAUAUAUUUAAUGGCGAGUUCUUUGACAUUGAUGGAUUAUGGAACGAUGUAAAGAAAGGCCACGAUGUGUGUGGACCUCCGAAUGGAAGAAAAUAA